AUGCAAGCCAGAAAAUUUAAGUACGACGUCAUCGGAUUGACCGAGACGAGGCGACACCAUCCACUGAACGCCGUAUAUGUCACUGGAAAAGAAUUGUUCUUAGGAACAUGCGACACUAGAGGAGUCGGUGGAGUUGGUGUCCUUGACAACACGAAUAUGGCAGUAAAAAUCGACUCUUUCGAACAAUUUACAACCCAAAUCAGACGUUUACGGAUGAGAAGAUGUGGUUCAACACCAGCUUUGAUAAUCUUCGUCGUUUACGUUCCAACAUCAAGCUGCGAAGAAGAAGAAAUUGAAGCUUUCUAUAUGGACCUGGAGAAGUGCUACGGAGAAAAUCAUGCUUUCUACAAGGUCAUAAUUGGUGAUUUCAAUGCCAAAAUUGGCCCCAGAAGAACGCCUGGAAAACGUCACAUUGGGAACCACGGCUUUCAAUGGAAUGAGAAGGGAGGGAGGCUUCCCGAGUUCAUCAUGACGACUAAGACUUCCAUGGGAACUCGCAAUUCCAGAAACCCUCUUCUCUACGCUGGACGUGGGGGUCACCCGGUGGAAGGUACAGUAAUGAAAUUGACUAUAUCAUUGUCAGUAAAAGGUUCUGCCUGA